CUCCGGCACAAGCGGCGGAAGUUCCGUUGUGACCUGGGAUAGCAAGUGCACCCUUCCAGUGUAUGUGUGGCAACAACAUGUCUGUGCCGCUGCUCGCUGAGGCUGUGACCGUUUCUGGGACGGAGAAGGAGACCGCUGCGGUGAUCUUCCUUCAUGGUCUGGGUGAUACUGGGCAUGGCUGGGCUGAUGCCAUGACAGCCAUUAGGCUGCCCUACAUAAAGUACAUCUGCCCACAUGCACCCAGAAUUCCAGUUACACUCAAUAUGAAAAUGACCAUGCCCUCAUGGUUUGACCUGAUGGGCCUUACCCCAGAAGCUCCAGAAGAUGAGGCUGGCAUUAAGAGAGCAGCAGAAAACAUCAAGGCCAUUAUUGACCACGAGGCAAAAAAUGGUAUACCUCCUAACCGUAUCCUUCUUGGUGGAUUCUCUCAGGGUGGAGCUCUAUCACUGUACACUGCUCUCACCUAUCAGCAGAAGCUAGCAGGUGUAGUCGCUCUAAGCUGUUGGUUACCACUUCAUAAGACCUUUCCACAGGCAGCGAGUGGCAGCGCGAACAAGGAUAUCCCCAUUCUGCAAUGUCAUGGUGAGAUGGACCCAAUGAUUCCAUCACAGUUUGGGGCCCUGACAGCUGAGAAGCUUAAGACCAUCGUGUACCCACAGAGAGUCACCUUCCGCACCUACCCAGGCCUCAUGCACAGCUCCUGCCCUCAGGAGAUGGCUGCUGUGAAGGAAUUCAUUGAGAAGCAGUUGCCCCGAAUCUGACCUUACUGUAACCCUUAGUCAACGACCUCUCACCUCUGACCUGCCAUUCUCCCACAGGAAACAGCCAUAAGCAUCCCCUAUCACACACACAUACAUUCAUACAUGCAAACCGAGGCAUACACAUCUCUCUGUACAAAAUGUGAAGACGUUCCUACAUUGGUGUCUCAUGCCUUGCUUUGUUAAUUCAUAUACAAUUGAUGGACAGUAAUUUGAGGUUGUGUCAUUGUACAUGAUGUAAUAUUCAGUGCGCACACAUACAUGGGCAACACAUUUACUCAGUAGUACCCUACCAUAUUUGGGAGAAUCGCUGCCUUUCAUUACACAUUCCCAUCAACACUGAAAUGUUAACCCAUUUCUCUGCAUUUUUUUAGUCUCUCCCUCCCUCCCUCCCUCCCUCCCUCCCUCUCGCACGUGCUUUAUGAUGAGAGCAUUGUUCUGCUACACUGUAACUGCUGCCGUCUGGAGUGACUCAUGCCACACUGCACUGCAUGCUGCUCUCAGUCCAUGAUGGCAGGGAAAGAGGAGGAGCGCCAUGCUACCUCCUGGUGCUCUGGUUUACGCUGAAUAUUUUCUUUUGGGUUUGAUACAGUUGAAAUGAAACCUAACAAAACUGCUGAAAUAAACCAAAUGAAUAAACCAUGUAAAUUUUCAACCAUGCUUUGUUUUUUAAAACCAAUCUUUCAUGUUGUAUAUAAAGAAACUCGCUUGAUUAGAAAGGCUGCAUUCAAUUGUGUGCCAUAUUUACUAAGUCAUUGAGUUAUGAACUUGAGUAUUUACCACAGACAUAAUAUUUACAUGAUUUUAUAACCGAAAAACUAAAAAUUCAGUCAUGAUAGAUUUUUGGAAAAGUGGGAAUCAUAUAGAAAAGCUUUACUGCGUAUUAUUAGUGUGCAUCACUCCAGGUGGCAUCAUUUCAUAACCCUGUGUAGAAAAGUCUUUUCCAAUCACUAAAUUUCUUCUUCUUGACCACCAGUUCAGUCAAUGAAAUAAAGCCACAGUCUGAGAUUUGUACAGCAAAAACAAACACAAAACUUUAGAACUUCUGAUCUCUUGAUGGUUGAUUCAUCUGUCAUGUGUGCGUGAAUAUUACAGCAUUAAUCUGAUUUAAUCUCUGAUUGUGGCUUUUUGUGGUGGGGUGAUGGGGAGGAUCAUUCAUUUUGGAUUUAUUUGUAUAAAUAUUACAUUACAACAGGUUAAAAGGUGAAAGGUCAGGGUUACAUGGCUGAACAACAGCAAAUGCAACAUGUGCAGUUGUUUCUUUAAACAAAUAAAAGAAACUUUAUUAGGAUCCAUAAAUUAGAUGCAUUGGAAAAAGGACGACAUGGUUUACAAACUUGGUUCAUCUCUAUUACAUAUUUGCUUAUGUACUUUUAAACAUUUAAUGAAAUAUAACAACAGAUUGUUGUUUGAAUGUUGUCUCUCACUUUUCUUUACUUUUAGCUUGAUGCGUUUCACCACAUUAUCUCAGUAUUACUUAAUUGUGUGACCUUUUCUCCCCAGUCCUGUGUUUUCUGACUUCUGCUGCCAUGCUGGUCUAUCUGCCUUUAGCACUCCUCCUUUUUUAUUAACUACUUUUCGUAACUUAAUUGGUUAUAUUCGGUUGGGGUCUCAAGGCUUGAAUGUUGUGUCAGUUGCGAUGUGAUGAGCCCAGGCUGUGCUUGCUGAGCAGAAACUGUUAAAAAUGUGGGUAACACAGUGAACUUAUCAAAGGGGUGUUUUCUUCCUGAGUUGUAUUGUAUCAUUAGUUGAUGUUUUAUCAUUUGUGCUAAUUUUCAAAAUUAAGUUGUACUUUCAUCUGUGUCUUUAUUUGAUUGAAUGUGCUGAGGGACAGUUAGUUCUUUAAUAUUUCCCUAGAUACUUGUAUGUGGAAUAAAUAAUGCAAACUGCAGCAAUACAA